AUGGCCCUCAGAGACAUAUCGCGGCUGAGAACGAACCUGUCCUGGGACUCCAAAAUGUGCAUGUCCUCCAUGAUAUUGCCCAUGGCCAGCAUUCCGUUGCUCAAUUGUCUCGCGAAUGAUGUUCUCGCAAAUAUCACGAUGGGCAUGUUCCAUCUGGCCCUUGACAAACGGCAUCAUCAUCGAGUUACACUCGACCGUGAUCUCCUCCACCACUUCAAACCAUUCACCAUCAACACCAUCGGCAAGGGCCUUACUCCGAAUCGUAUAGUCCCUCCAAAGUGUAACGCGGCCCGGGCCAGCGCCCGAAAGCGAAUCCCGUCUCCAAACCGCUGGAAUACCACGGGAAAACUAAUCUCUUUCGAGGAGACGCCCGGUACGAUGGUAAUUCUCUCGAAGAUGGUGAAGCACACGAUAUGUGUGCCGUUUUCUUUGAAGAAGAGAUCUUCGAGCACGUCCUCGAGGCUAACCCGCGUCUGCUGGAACCGUGUGACUAACGCUUGA